AUGAGAUAUCUCGCUUGGGUUGGUAUUCCUGCACGCGUGUUCAAUGUCGGCACCUAUCGCCGACAGGGCACACCGCAGCCAAGCGCCACGUUCUUUGACCCCCACAACGAGGAGGGCGAGAAGAUGCGCCGUGCCGCGGCCGAUGCUGCCAUCACAGAUAUGAUUCAGUGGUUCGAUGCUGGCAAGGGAGUGGUCGCGAUCCUCGAUGCGACGAAUUCGACGAAAGAGCGCCGCCGCUGGAUCAACGAGCGCUGCCGGGAAGCUAACAUCGAGACGUUGUACGUCGAGUCGAUAUGUGACGAAGAGGACUUGAUUAUGAACAACAUCCUCGAGGUCAAGACGACCUCGCCGGACUACAAGGGGCAGGACCCGGAGGUUGCUGCCCGGGACUUCCGCGAGCGGAUCCGCAACUACGAGAAAGUCUACGAGACCAUUGAUGACGGCGAGAAGAGCUACACCUACGUAAAACUCAUCAACGUUGGCUCCACCGUCAUCAUCAACCAGAUCAAGGACUAUUUGUCCAGCCGACUGGUCUACUACAUCCAGAACCUCCACAUCAAGCCUCGCUCGAUCUGGUUAUCUCGCCACGGAGAGUCGGAGUACAACUUGACUGGAAAGAUUGGAGGGGACUCCAACAUCUCUGAACGUGGAGAGGCUUAUGCCAAAGCUCUACCUGGUCUACUGAAGAAGUCCGGUGUACCGCCCAACACGAAGAUUGUGAUCUGGACAUCCACGUUAAAACGUACCAUCCAGACAGCACGUCACCUGGCUGCGGAAACUGGCUUCGAGAAACUGGAGUGGAAGGCUCUGGAUGAACUUGACUCGGGAGUCUGUGACGGAUUGACCUACGAGCAAAUUGCCGAGAAGUACCCCGAGGAUUUCGCCGCCCGCGACGAAGACAAGUACAACUACCGCUACCGGGGUGGCGAAUCGUAUCGCGAUGUUGUCAUUCGCUUGGAGCCCAUUAUCAUGGAGCUGGAGCGCAGUGAGAACGUGAUCAUUGUGACGCACCAGGCUGUAUUGCGCUGCAUUUACGCCUACUUCCUCAACACACCCCAGGAGCAGAGUCCCUGGAUGGAGGUCCCCCUCCACACACUUAUCAAACUUACCCCGCGUGCCUAUGGUACGGAGGAACAACGGUUCAAGGCUGAUAUUCCCGCCGUGUCGACCUGGCGUGCUAAGGGCACGUCGGCCAAGCACCAGGAAUACUCCACGGAAACCAAGGCGGCCCAAACCAUGUUAUCCGCCUUCACCGCUCGACCGCUCGUCGAGUUCAAACCGCGCGAUCGAUCGCGCAUCGAGUCCGUUCUCGCGUACGGGGACCGGGUGCUCGUGGGAUUGAACAAUGGGAGUUUACGGGUGUAUCGGGUGAAUGAGGUGGAGAAGGAGGCUGCGGAUGGUGAUGAGGGGAUGAAUGGGCAUCAGGAUGGUAAGGGGAAUCAUGGGGAUGGUGGUGCGCUUGGGAAUAAUACGGAUCUUCUGCGCGAGGUCGAGAAGUUCUCCCGGUACAAGGUGGAGCAGCUGGCUCUGAUCAAGGAGGCCAAGUUGCUGGUCUCGUUGUCGGGCGGGUACGUCUCGAUCCAUGAUCUGCAGACGUAUGCGCUGCAGGAGCAGAUGACCCGCACGAAGGGGGCGUCGACCUUUGCGGUGACGUCGAAUAUCGUCAAUGAUCCCGAGACCGGGGUGCCGUCGAUCGUGUCGCGGCUGGCGGUGGCGGUGAAGCGCAAGGUCUUGCUGUGGGUGUGGCGCGAUAUGGAGGUCGAGGGUGAGGUGGUGGAGAUGACGCUGGUCAGUGGCAUCAAGACGCUGACGUGGGUGUCCGGGACGAGGUUGGUGGCCGGGCUGGGGUCCAGCUUUGUCAUGGUCGAUAUCGAGACGGCCAGCGUGACGGAUUUGGUCGGCCCCGGGAGUAUCGGCGGGCUGGGUGGCCAGGAAACCGGCCGGUUGACGGGGGUCGGGGUCGCCAGUAUGAGUUACAUCGGCAUCGGCGGGUCGGCUCCGAAGCCUCUGGCGACGAGGUUGUCCGAGGGCCAGGUGCUGUUGGCGAAAGAUAUCAAUACCCAGUUCAUCGAUAUCAAUGGCGCGUCGCUGGGGAGGCGCCAGAUCCCCUGGAGCCAUGCGCCGGCGGAUAUCGGGUACUCGUAUCCGUUUCUGCUCGCCCUGCAUGACGCGUCCAAGGGGGUGCUGGAGGUGCGCAAUCCGGAGACGCUGUCGCUACUCCAGUCGGUUCCACUGCCGUCCGCCAAUAUCCUGCAUAUCCCCCAGCCGACGAUCAGCUUGGCCCAUGCGGGCAAGGGGUUCCUGGUGGCGAGCGAGCGCACGAUCUGGCGCAUGGAAGCGCUGAGCUACGAUACUCAGAUUGACUCGCUGGUGGAGAAGGGCUACCUGGACGAGGCCGUGAGUCUGACUAGUAUGCUGGAGGAUGCGCUCUUGAGGGAUAAGCAGGGCCGGCUACGUGCGAUCAAGCUCGAGAAAGCGGAAGGGCUGUUUCGACUCCGGAAGUAUGCGGACGCGAUGGACAUAUUCACCGAGAUCUCUGCGCCACCGGAAACGGUGAUCAGGCUUUAUCCCAAGAUCGUGGCGGGAGAGCUAUCGUCGGUCCCCGAGGAGCAAGAGGAAUCCGAAGACAGCGCCACCGAGAGCCCAUCCAAGACCCCCGACAACCAGAAGCAGGUGGAUGGCAAUCACACGGCGGAUGCUGCUGUUGCGGCCACGGCCAAGACACUCUCGCAUGCCCCGUCGGUCAUGUCGCUGCUGCGGUCCAAGACGGAGACAUUCGACGAUGCGGCCAGUAUCCGGACGAGGAUGACCGAAGACGCCAAGCCCGACAAGGCCCUCGAAGGAAAUGAUCUCAAGUUGGCGGUUCGUGAGCUGCAGAGGUACCUGGCCGAUGUCCGUCGACGGUUCCAGCGCUUUCUCAACCCCGAUGGGUCACUGAAGGUGUUCGAUCUGCCGGCGGACGCAGCCACAGAUGAACUGACCGAUUCUGUGAUGAAGUUGCUCGAAACCAGCACCAAGGAUAUCCAGGAUCUCGAGUUCGGGGAGAAGAUUCGCGAGAAGGCCAAACUCGUCGACACCACCCUCUUCCGGGCGUACAUGUAUGCGAUCCCUGCUCUGGCGGGGUCUCUCUUCCGGAUCGCGAACUUCUGCGACCCGGACGUGGUCAUGGAGAGGCUCGAGGAGACCGGCCGGCACAACGACCUGAUCGAUUUCCUGUACGGCAAGAAACUGCACCGCCAGGCGCUGGAGCUGCUCCAGCGGUUCGGUCAGGCGGAGGAGGAAGAGGAGACCGCUCCGCAGCUGCACGGUCCCAAGAGAACGGUCGUCUACCUACAGAAUCUCCCGCCGGACCGGAUCGACCUCAUCCUCGAGUUCGCCGAAUGGCCACUGCGAGAGGACCCCGAAUUGGGCAUGGAGGUCUUUCUGGCGGACACGGAGAACGCAGAGACCCUCCCCCGGCACCGCGUGCUGGACUUUCUGCGGGGCAUCGAUGUUAAUCUGGCCGUGCGAUACCUGGAACAUGUCAUCGGCGAGCUGAACGACAUGUCGCCGGAUCUACAUCAGCAGCUGCUCAAUUUCUACCUGGACCGUCUGAAGAAGUACAGAAACAAGGAGUGGGAAUUCGCUAGCGAAGACGACCACGUCGCGUGGCGAACCAAGUUCCUCACCAUGCUCAGGUCGAGCACGCAGUACUCGCCAGCCAAGAUUCUAAACCGCCUGGACCGCGACGAUCCUGAAUUGUUCGAAGCGCGAGCAAUCGUGUUCAGCAAGAUGGGGCAACACAAGCAGGCGCUGGAGAUCUACGUGUUCAAGCUGGAGGACUAUGCUAAGGCUGAGGAAUACUGCAACCAUCUCCACAAACAGGACGAUAUAGCGUCUACCGAAGAAGGCGGGCCUUGUGUGGCGCUGCUGGCUUACGAAGAAGACAAGCCGUCGAUCUAUUUGACUCUCCUAGCACUCUAUCUAACCCCGCCCCACGGAUACAAGCCACGAUAUGGGCCAGCGCUCGAAGUGCUGGCCAAGCACGGGUCCCGCCUGCCCCCCGGGUCCGCGCUGGACCUGAUCCCCGAAACCCUCCCGGUGAAGGAGCUCGACUUCUACUUCAAGGGUCGCAUGCGCGCCGCCAACUCGAUCCUCAACGAGAGCCGGAUCGUGGCGAGCCUGCAGAAAGCCGAGAACAUCAAGACCCAAGCCCAGCUGCUGGUGGGGGAGGGGACGGAUCCCAAGCGGUCGAGAUCCCGACAUGUCACCAUCACCGAAGAGAGGGUGUGCGGGAUCUGCCACAAGCGGAUCGGGGGCAGUGUGAUCAACGUGUAUCCAGAUAAUACCGUUGUCCAUCUUGGUUGCGCCAACCGCAAGCGGUCACUUUCAUGA